UCGAGCCGAGCCUCGAGCCCGAGGUUGUAUCUCACAGUCCAUACCGACAUUUUAUAUUCGCACACCGCAAACCUCAAUGUCAACUUUAAUACAUUCUCGAAACUCUAAAACUUCCUUUGAACAUCUCACUUACUAUUAAUCGUGUCCAGGUAGUGGUUCAAUUUAUGCUAAUAUUUUCUAACGCUGAAUUUAUAAAACUCUAGUGAUUGUUGCCGGUUGUAACACGUGCAUCAAACCAAAGAAACAAUGUCAAGAAAGAUGGAGACGGACGCAUUGGUAAAAACUCUUACCAAGCACAAAGAAGUAUCAAAGAAUCCAAGGUGAUCUUCGUUCGGCAGCACGCUACACAAUUUCUGCCGAAAAUUAUCAUCAUCAGACACAAUUGUCAAAAUGGAAGAAUCUCAGAGUUACGAAGAUCCUGACAUUUACGAGCAACCACCGAAGCACAUUUUUCGAAGAUUAAUUGAUAUGGUGCCAGCACGAGUAGUUCUUUAUUUGCUCUCAUUUUCUGGAUUUCUCGUCUCUUUCAUUAUGAGAAUGGAUAUAAAUCUCACGAUGGUAGCCAUGGCUAAAGCCCCACUCAAUGCUGAUCAAAACACAACAGCAACUCAUUGUUAUGUAUCCACAAAUUUAUCUUACCCCUCGAAUGAAAAUAUUACAAAUGAAAAACCUAAGGAGGGAGAAUUUGACUGGACUCCAACAAUCCAGUCGACCAUUAUAAGUUCUUUUUACUGGUGCUACAUUCUUUCUCAAGUAGUUGGUGGAGUCCUUACACAAUAUUUUGGCACAAAAACAGUUUUUGGUGGUUCUCAAUUACUCACCGCAAUAUGCAGUUUACUAAUUCCGAGUGCAGCUGAGCUUCACUACGGAGCUAUGAUAGCCCUGCGAAGUAUACAGGGUAUUGCAAGUGGAUUAACGUGGCCGGCCAUGUACGCUAUUGUUGGACACUGGAUACCGCCCGUAGAACGUUCUCGCUUCAUGUCUUCCUUCCAAGGGUUCAGCAUCGGCAUUGGAUUGACCUAUCCACUCUGCGGGUUUCUGAUUGCUAACUUUGGCUGGCGAACCGUCUUCUACACCACGGGAAGCAUUGGUGUCUUCUGGUGUAUCUUCUGGUACUUUCUUGCCUUUGACACGCCCGCAACACAUCCAAGGAUAUCGCAGCAGGAACUCCAGUAUAUCCAAGGAAGCGUCGGAUCACAGGUCAUCGGAGAAAAUCAGGACCUGCCUGUCCCAUGGAAGUCCAUAUUCACCUCGUUGCCGGCUUGGUCUAUCGGCAUAACAACGUUCGGGAGAAUUUGGGUCCACUACGUCUUCAUCAUUUCGGGACCAAUGUACAUGAAAACCGUCCUAGGAUUUAGCAUACAAGCUAAUGGUAUUCUAACUGGUGCCCCAUUCGUCUGUAGCUAUUUAAGUUCGGUCCUCUUCUGCUACGUUGCAGAUUUGCUGGUUACGAGACAAAUAAUGUCUUUAACCAACGUUCGAAAAAUUUUCACUGCAUUUUCACAAGUCGUUCCUGGAAUCCUCGUGAUUUUAAUUGGAUACUUGGGUUGCGAUGUUGUCUUAGCUCUCAUAGUUUGGUUUAUUGCUGUAACUUUAAUAACAGCUUCUUAUGCGGGUGCAAUGGCGAACAUUGUUGAUAUUGCACCAAACUUCGCAGGCCCAGUUCUUGCCUUCGCACAAACAAUUCACAUGACAGCUAGCUUUUUAUCGCCAAUAGCAGCUGGUCUGAUAACUCAAGACAGUCAAACACUUGAGGCUUGGAGGACUGUUUUUGGUGUCACAGCUGCCAUAGCUUGUGGUACGUAUGUUGUUUAUCAAAUUUUUGGAACAGCAGACAUACAAGCAUGGAAUUAUCCCGAUCAAAAGUAUCCUCGUUCGGUGGAAGAAGAUUGGCAACCAUUAAAUGAGUCGCCAAGCAAAAACGGAAAGAUCGCUUCCAGACGAUCAAGCCUUUCUGAAUAAGAAAUAGAUUAAUCUUACGAAACUCAUUGUAAACGUAAUACAUCCAGAAUCGAAUGUUGGAGUAUAUUUUAUAAACGCUCAACAGCGAUUUAGAAGAAAUUUUUUUUUUUAAAGAAAUCUCAUUUAUUAGUAAUAAUAUUUUACAUAGUUUAGUGGGUAUCCUUAUUCUCCAAUUUACUAUUCUGAAAAAGUUCCCAUUUGUUAGAAAUAACUUCUGAGAAAUAUUUCAAAGAAUUUUUUUUCAGAUUUAUAUUUUGAUCUGUGAUUUUAAAUAAAUCUGAAGCUUGCUCACUACUUUUGUUUACAAGGACUCGAGGAUAAUCCUAUAACGAGAAAUUAUUUUCAUUUGAAAGUUUGUAUAUUAUCUGGAAAAACAUUUAAUUGUAUGUUAUUGAGGUUAAAAAAUUUAUUUUAUUUUGUACAAUUAACUUACUGUAGUCAUUUCCCUAUUACAUCAAUGUCAUUCCAUGAACCUGUGAAUAUUUUCUGUAAUAGGAGAAUCAAAGAAUUCAAGUAUCGAAUCAAAACACCGCUAAAUUGACAAGAAUAAUUUCCAUUUUUCAAUUUUGCAUUUAUUAUAUAACUAUCUAACUCUCUAAAUUUAAAUGCGGAGAUUUUUCGUGUUCUUUCUUAUUCUAAUUAUUAUUUUAGUCAAAUUGGCGAAGUUUUGAGGCGAAUUCCUUAUUUGCAUUUUUAAUGUAUCACAUAAAGACAUCUGAUUUUACAUAACCAGUAGGAUGUUGUUAUAAGAAAUAAAUGUCAAACAAAAAACGACGUAGAUACUCGAACGAAAACCGUGACGUAGUCAUGUGUUAUUAUUUUGUCGCUACAUCAUCUAAAGUUAGUUUUAAAACAAAUAUCUCAGCCACAAAUAUUUUUUACUAAAAUUUAGAUCAUAAGAAGUAGGAUGUGAGGACUCUGACACAUUACUUUAAUUUUUAAUUAUUUGAGACGCUUGGGACCCCUAUGGCUUAUGAUCAGGGCUGUCACAGUAACCUUUAGUUGUUUAUUUUUUAUCUCAUUUUUUUUAAAGAAAAAGGCACUUUAGGCACUUUAAAAAAAAAUCACACUAUAAACAUUUUUUAAAUAAAAGGUCACCUUGAUCCAUCUUAUUUUAGAUUUUAUUUUAAAAAUUAAUUGAUCGAUAUAUGAAAAUUCUAUUGAAUAUCAGACCUCACACUUUUUCCCUUUUUUCUUCUUUUUAAAGAAUUCCUCUUUUUCCCUUAUUACCAAGAAACUACCCCUUUUCUUGUUCUCAAACGCGAACUGAAUUAAUGAAACUAAUAAGAAAAUCCAAAUAUUUUUUUUUCAUAGUUAAAUUCUCUUUGGUUGAAAAGUCUA